CGUAUGUAAAUGUGGAAAAAUGCAGAAUAAAAUACACACACAUUUACACUUGGACUUGCAGACAUACGUUUAAACUUGCUCCGAACCGCAGAGUGGCGCUGUCUGUUGUAGUUGUAAUAAGGAUAGACCGGAAGCGCCUUCUUCAUUCAUUUAACGAGUAACACGGACAUUGGCAGAAUCCCAAACGGCUUCUUAGUGGACAAAUAGUGCAUUACACAGUGCGUAAAAAGCUAUUAUUUCAUACCCUAUGUAGUGCGUUUAUGUAGGAAGAAUGAAGUCAGUUGGGAUUCGGCCUUUGUGAAGUAGCCAACUGUGCUAAAGGGGCCGGGACGCGGACUAGCGGGGGCCGCAAACACGUAGUUUAAACUUUGUCUUCUUCUUUUUUUUUUCCUUUUCUUUUUUUUUCAACACAUAUAUAUGCUGAAGUUUUAAUGCAAGUGCCAAUUGAAAAAGGACAACACGAUGCUAAGAAGUAUAUACACCCGAGGUGGAGUUUAAUACAGGUCUGCAACAAGCAAAUCGCCUAGCAGCCGCUGUAUCGAAGACUCCGCCCAUCUGGCCUUGUCCUCUAAAGAUGGCUGAAGGCCAGAAGGCCACUGAACUUUCAGAUUACCCCACAUUAUGCGGGGCCACAGCAGAUAAUCAAGAUCUGUCCCUGAAACCUGAAGCCCUGUCCUCCAGCUCUCCUACCUGUGAGGAGUCCGUUAGCAUGCCGCUGCCCCCUGGCUUAAUGUCCAUGCCCUGCCUGCUGAAGGAGCUGCGCCGAGACUCCUCCCCCGAGGCUGUGCCACCAGAAAAAGACCCUGCCAGCUCGGCCAUUCAGAUCUGCCCACAAGAGGACAGCGACUCCUCGGCCUGCCUGCGAUCACCCUCGUCUUCUGGUCAUCUCGGCGAUUCGGACACGCUUUCCUCAGCUGAAGAAGAGGAUUUGGAAUUGGCUGACGCGCAGCCUGUCCCCUCUUCUCGCUCUGACCCCGCUCCCAGGAAGUCGUCACGCCGGUCACGGUCCGAGAGCGACGCGUCUGCUGGAGUUUCCAUGGCUGCCAAGAAAAACCGCUGUCAGGAGAAGCAGGCGAACGGCGGUCGGACCCGAGAACGGGGCAAGCGCAGCCAGAGACAUAAAGAGCGAAUCCGUCUGCUAAGGCAGAAACGGGAGGCGGUUGCCAAGCGUAAGUCCCGCCCACUGGAGGACAGCAGCACUAGUGAUAGCGACGCCACCGCACACUCUACAUCAUCGUCAACAGCAUCUUCUGACAACGAGGGAGGGACAGGCAGUUUGCAUCCUCCAGCUGGCCGCCGUGGAAACAGCAUGGGCGGAGUCCUGGAGGAAGCGCUGACACGAGUGGCCGCCGCCCAAAGGCGUACAGAGGAAAGGUUCCGUGCGUGGAUGGGAAGAAUUAGCCGUCUCCAUUCCGGUGACGACGUCGAUCAGUCGUCAUACAGUGGGAAUCCGGAAGGGCAGAGUCACGUCGGCUCAGAAGAAACGUCAGCGGCCUAUCGGAUCAUCCGUCUGAACAAUGAUGCCUCUCCCCCCACGCUGAACUCUGCUCACAGCUGCGUCCUGGAUCCCAAUCUCCUAAAUGUGUAACAGGACAAUGUGCUGAGCUACUGAGAAAAUGCGAGAAAAAAAUAAAUAAAUAAAUAUUUGCGCAAAAUGGAAACAUUCUAGCCAACGAUGCUGGAUACAGUACACAAGGCCCUCUCUUAUUUUAUCUCCUUAUGCGUUUUUUUUUCUUUUCUUUCCCAUUAUUCACAUUCUCUUCAGGUCUCCUUCUGUCUUCUUUAUCCUUCUAUCUCUCUCCCUCCAUUUACUUAAUUUGUUUAUUUGCAAAUGAGUUUAUUCCAAGCAAUUUCACAGUAAGACAAAAUACGAUCUAUUCAUGUCACAGUUGUAGGAGCUGGCAAUGUUUCCAUCAGUUUACCAGAAGCACGUGCAAGACGGUCAGCACUAACCCCAAGUGCUACGAACACGAGUCACAGAGGUGUCCGUCAGUACCCAGCCGAUACGAGGGUCAUACAUAAUGAUGCACGUGAAUAAUAUAGUGAUGUUAUUCAUUAAUGACGAUGUAACUGCACGGAUCUAAGGUUUACCCCCAAGGUAGUAGUAACUGCUUGGCAAAAUAGAACACACCUGGAUGAACGUGUAUUGUUUUUGUUUAUAUGGUUUUCUGGGUUCAAAGCAAAAGAGAAAGUAUAAUAAGGGCCAAUCUGGCAUUUUGGUAUAAAAAAAAAAAAAAACAUGGGUUCUACCGCAUUAUCUUCAGUUCUGGCAGAUACUUUAUUCUCCUCUGGUGUUUUUGUGUAAUAUUUUGAAGAAGAAAAAAUGAUCAACUUGGUUCUAGCUGCCAGUCAGUCAUCCUCCACGAUGAACACAACGUAGGUGGCCUUGGCUAGUCAACAUUCAUGUUCCUCUUUAACAGUGAUGAGGAAAAAUGACGAAGCCUUAGUAUGGCGAGUCAGAGGAGAACUUUUUUUUUUCUUCUUUUCCCCCCUGCUUUGGUUUAAAAUUGCUAGGGUUAAGAUUUGCCUUUAGACACACAUUCUCUAUACAUGCAAAGGUAUACGGCUUAGUUUUAAAAUUAAAAAAAAAAAAAAUCAGAGCCAUUAAAUCCAAAUCUCAAAAAUUCAGAUUUCAAAAAUACACAUUUUAAAUUAGGCUAAAGGUAAACAAGUAGAACAUAAAAACUUUAGAUGCACUUAGCUCAUUACGGGUCGUCUCUUCCAUUUUGAUGCCACUUAUCUCUACUCCAUGCCACUUCAUUUCCUGCACAUGAGCUUUGGCAGAUCACUGUGAACGACCACUCUGACAACCUCUAUUUUUCUAUUUUUUUUUCUAUUUAUUUUGAAUGCUUAAAACCAAUAACCCACAAUUUUGAAUUGUGCAUUUUUUUUUUUAAAGGCAUAUCUUCCCCCUAGCAGGCUAAGCAUAAUAUGCCCAAGUCUCCCUUUUUGUGCCAAUCUUUUCCACAGACUGAGGGCAUAAAACUUGGUUUGCUUUGUCCACUGUGUGCAUCUAGCCCAUCCAAGUCAAAUUAGCAUGUGCACUUUGAUUGAUAUAGACAGACUAUAACAUCAUAUCAGUGUUGGCGUAUGUAAUUGCCUCAUUGAAAGGUACUGAAUGUUACAGAAUCAGACUUGUAUACCGUGUCCAACUCUACACAGAUGGAGAGCGAUACGUUUUUUUUUUACUAUUCAGAUGCUCGUAGGAGAAAUGAGUCUUAAAGACUGUGGAGGAACAUUUAGAGCUGUGUCCUUGUACAUGCUAACGUCCGUUCAGUAUGUCUGUGUCUUAAGGAACUUCUCUGGCUGGUUUUCAUACCAGGACGGACUGAUAAUACUCCACAAUCGGCUCUUCACACACGCCUGGUUAUGUUGGAAUCGACUCAUUUUAAGUGUCGCUGUCAUUUGGGGAAGAAAUGGAAGAACUGCUCAUUAGUUGUGAUGUGUUUUUUGUUUGUUUUUGUUUUUAUUACAUCACAUGCAUGUAUUGAACAGAAAAUAAUAAUAAGCAAUAAUGCAUGAACAGCUGCACUGUGAUGUUAUACUAUUAAUAUAACGUAGCUAGAGUUACUCCAUACAGACAUGCUAGGACUUUUAAGCUAACCUCAUUCUCAAGUGUUUCCGUGUGUGUCCGUGGUUCAUACUGAAGCUCGCAGUUACUGCAGUCAGAUACACUGUAUGUGUGGGUGUGUAUGUGUGUGUGUGUGUUUUUGUUUUUUUUAAAUUACACCAAAAACAAAUCCUUUGGUUAUAAACACAGAAGGGCCUUAAAGAGAAAACGUUUAUUUGACACACAUCCACAGUUCACAGAAGGGCUUAAAGUUUUACGUUUUACAAAUUUGGGCAAAAUAAGGGAACACUUCUUCAGCGAGUCUGUUGAAAUGUAACGAGCUCGUGAGCUGCGACAUGAAAGAUCUGACGGAGCUAAUGAACCAUUUUCUUAUUUCUUGAUUUUCGUUUUCCUAGUAUUAUAAUCUGUUGGUAAUGUCCUUGGUUCAGAAUUAAACGAAAAGAAUGCUGUCAUGGAUUUCUGUCCAUCAUUUAUGUUUUGUAAUUAAUGCCUCGUGUGUACAACCCCAAUUCCGAAAAGUUGGGACAAUAUGGAAAACGCCAAUAAAAACGAAGUGGAGUGAUUUUGUGAAUGUACUUUCACUUGUAUUUAAACAAAAAAAAAAAACGUGUAUAAAGACGAGGUAUUUGAUGUUUUAAUUCAUCAGCUGCAUAGUUUUUUUUGAAGGUAAACGUUUAUUUUGAAACUGACGCAUGCGACACGUUCCAAAAAAGUUGGAACAGGGGCGGUUUAGGACUAGUAGCGAUGUGAGAAGUUGAAAUAAGAAGGUGAUGUGAAACAGGUGAGGCAGUCGUCUAAUCAUAGUAUAUAAGGAGACUCCAAAAAAAAUGGCCUAGACGUUGAAGAGCAAGGACGGGUCGAGGCGAAUAAUCCAGCACUGUGAGAAAAACAUUCCCCAAAGACAAAUCGGUAGGAUUUUGGGUAUUUCACCUUCUACAGCACACAAUAUAAUUAAAGGAUUAAAGGAAUCCUGUCAGAUCUUGGUGCGUAAAGGGCGAGGACAAAAACCACUUCUGAAUGCGCGUGAUCUCCGAUCCGUCAGACGUCACUGUCUUAAAAACCGUCAUGAGUCUGUAACGGAGAUCCUGACAUGGGAUCGGGAAUACUUUUGUAAACCUUUGUCGGUCGACACCAUUCGCCGCUGCAUCCACAGAUGCAAGUUAAGGCUUUACUAUACAAUGCAGAAGCCGUACAUCAACACUGUCCAGAAGCUCCGCCCACUUCUCUGGGCUCGGUCUCAUCUGAGAUGGACAGUAGCACAGUGGAAUCACGUUUUGUGGUUCGACGAGUCGACAUUUCAAAUAGUUUCUGGACAAAACAGCCGUCGUGUUCUCCGGGUCAAAGAGGGAAAGGACCAUCCGAGCUGUCAUCAGCGUCAGGUCCAAAAUCCAGCGUCUGUCGUGGUAUGCGGGCGUGUCAGUGCCCACGGUAUGGGGGCGUGUCAGGCCUCCCUGAAGUCCUGACCUGACUCCCAUUGAGAACGUGUGGUGCAUCAUGAAGCGCAAAAUAAGGCAACGAAGUCCCGUACAGUUCCGCAGCUGAAGAAAUGCAUGAUGGAUGAAUGGGGGAAAAUUCCACUUGCCGAAUUUAACCAACUGGCGUCUUCACUCAGCGUCCAAACGCUUAAUAAGUGUUAUUAAAAGAAAAGGUGAUGUUACACAGCGCUAAACAGUCGACUGUCCCAACUUUUUUUCUAGUGUGUUGCAGUCAUCAGAUUUGAAAUGAGUGUAUAUUUUCAAAAAUUAAUUAAAAUUCACAAAGUCAAACAUCAAAUAAUGUGUUAAUAAUGUGUUUUCGAUAGAGUACAGGAUGAAUUGGAUUUUCAAAUGACUCCUUUUGUUUGUUUGUUUUUGUUUUUUUGCAUUUUCCAUACUGUCCCAACUUUUUCUUAAUUGGGGUUGUAUACACUCACCUAACAGGAACACCUGUACACCUACUCACUAUCCAACUGACCGACCGUGUGGUGACAGCACAGUGCAUAAAAUUGUGCGGAUACAGGCCGAGAGCUUCAGUUAACGUUCACAUCAAACAUCAGAUCUCGGUGACCUUGACCAUGACGUGGUUGUUUGGCACCAACUCACCCGAACGAGACAGUUGAAGAAUGGAAAAAGACCACGUAACGUUUAUCCCCCUUUCCGGUUUUUAAUGUGAACAAUAUCUGAUGCUGUUGACCUGUGUCUGCAUGAUGUUAUGCAUUGUCUUGCAGUUACAUGAUUGGCUGGAUAAUUGCAUUAAUGACCAGGGGUACAGGUGUUCCUAUUAAAGUGGCCAGUAAGUGUAUAUUUGACUUGAAAUAAAUAAAGUGGUGGAAAAUGAGACUAGAAAGGGAACUGCAUCCAGUAGAUAAGCAUUUUCAUUUACCUAUAACCAGGUACUUGAGGUAGAUUAGACC